GAAAGAGAAGGGGAAACGGAACAGAGCGAGCGUAUAAGGCUAAGCUGGAGGUGAGAUCCGUAGCUUCGUCCAUCGGGAGACGACCGAUGCCUUGAAAGAGGAGAGAGCGGAGGAGUCGCUCGCAGCCCGCCUGGGACAAACGCCAGCUGACAUUCGACUGAUAUUUACGAAAAGGGGGACGCGGUGGACGCUGACCAGCGAGCACGUCGCCUCUUAGAAGAAUGGAGGGACGGGACCGUGGCCUUUAGGGACCACCAGGACCGGGUGAAAUGACGCUUUUGUGUUUGUGGUUGAUGCCAGAGCCCUGAAAGCUCCGCGUGUCCUGAAGGAGCGGGUUGAAUUCGCCGCUCAGACCGAGCUCGCAGCUCUGAAGCGUCGGCUGAACAUUUACGCUACUUGGCUCCGCUUGACAGGCGCUGUCUGUUCUGAGAUGGCUGUCCUCCUCCUCUAUAUUCCCACAAUGUUGGCUCUACUGGCCCUGUUCCCCUCAUCCUCUCUGGGCUGCCCCUCAGGCUGCCGCUGUUACAGCCUGACAGUUGAGUGCGGCUCCAUCGGACUGAGAGAGAUACCGCGGGGUAUCAUUCACGGCACGCAGACGAUUUUCCUGCAGGACAAUGCCAUUGGUCAGAUACGAGCGGAGGACUUAUCAGGCCUGGGCUGCCUUCACUACCUUUACUUGCAGAACAAUAGCAUUUCAGCUCUAGAGCCUGGAGCCUUCGUAAGCCUGGGUCAACUGCUGGAGCUCGCCCUAAAUGGGAACCGUCUCCACCUGAUCUCUGCUGAUGUCUUCCGUGGCCUGGAGCACCUGCGUAUCCUCUACCUGGCAGGGAACAGGAUCACCCGACUGGAAGACUACACUUUCCGUGGACUGCAGCGUCUGCAGGAGUUGCACUUGCAGGAGAACACAAUGGAGGUACUGGAUGAGCAGGCUCUGGUUGGCCUGUCCUCUCUGGCUUUGCUAGACCUUAGCAGGAACAACCUGAGGACCCUCAGUCCUGCCACACUGAGACCCCUCAUUAGCCUACAGGUGCUCCGCAUCACAGAUAACCCAUGGCGCUGUGACUGUGCCCUCCACUGGCUUCGCGGCUGGAUAAACGAGGAGGGCCAGCGGCUCUUGAGCUCAGCCGAGCGCAGGCUGGUUUGCACAGAGCCUCCACGCCUCUCUCACCUAAGCCUGGUGGAGGUUCCAGCCAACAGCCUGGUGUGCAUCCCACCUGCUGUACAACUGGAGCCCAGUCACCUGACGGUGAGGUUGGGAGAAAGCCUGCGAGUGUCCUGCCAAGCUUCGGGCUACCCCCAGCCUCAGGUUACCUGGAGAAAGGCAUCCCACGGCAAAGCCCAGCUGUCCCCCCGAGGGCUUGUACAGGAGGUAGGGAUGGAAGGGGACAGUAGGGCUGGUGGAAGGCUAGUGACAGCCAGGCCUAGUGGUAAUGGGGGUAAUGUGGGUGGCAGGGGUUCAGCACGAGGCAUAGAGGAUAAUGGAGACAGGGACAACUUUGAUCCAGAUACGGGUAGUGGGAUGCUGUUCCUGAGCAAUGUGACUGUGGCCCAUGCAGGACGUUAUGAGUGCGAAGCUUGGAAUCCUGGGGGAGUUGCCCGGGUGACCUUUCACCUCUCCGUCAACAUGUCUUCUUCGUCAUCGUCCUCAGCUGUCUGGCCUCGUCUGCACUCCCCAUCAUCCUCGUCUUCCUCUUCCUCCUCAAACUAUCAUCCAUCCUCAGGGGAUGUCAGCCAGGAGCCUCUUUAUGAGCUGGAGAGCAUGGACUUCAAUGCCCUGGGCACUGCCACCCAGACGGCCAUCGCCGUUGGCAUCUCUCUUCUUGCUCUGACUGCAUUGCUGCUGCUCUGCAUGAUCUACGGCCGCCACCGUCAGCGGCAGAAAGAGGAGGGUGAUGGCUAUGGGCCAAGCAAAGAGGAGUCCAUCCUUUAUGUCAAUGACUAUUCCGAUGGACCCACCACCUUUGCACAGCUUGAGGAGUAUAGGGAUGAGCGGGGCCAUGAGAUGUACGUGCUGAACCGUGCCAAGCCUGUGCUGCCCCCACCGCCUGUCCCAGGGCAGCAGGGCAUUCUGCAUUCUGAGUCACUCCAGGGCCAAGGAGUCCUGACCCCAGGAAGAGUAGCAGGCAUUGGCCCCCGCAGGGCUCCUGCAGAGGGUGGUGAGGGACCUCCGCCAGACCCAGAGGGACUGUUCAUCAACCAGAGCCUGCUGUUUGACACACAGAUCGCCUACGAGAUCCACUGCUGAGGGAGACCAGCAUAGGGAAGUUGAGAGGAAAAGUGGUCCAGAAAGCCAUUUACAGAAAAGGUCAUUUGUUGCACAUGGCAUUUGAAGUAAGAGUUGCUCAACAGUGGGAUCUCUUGGUGUGUUCAAGGAUACUCUACCUAAUUCUGUUUUUGUUCUGAGAGCAAAAAUGCUUUGAUUAUUAUUAGAUUUAAAGAGGAACAUGGAGGUUGCUUCGGAAGGACGUUGAUGGCUUAUCUUGACACAAGAUAAGUACGUGAUGGAAAUUACUUUGACUAACAUGAUGCUUUAGAAUCUGGAAAAAAGAAGUCUGGCUACUGAAUACCUUCAAAUCAACAGGUCAAAUGAACCUAUCAAAUAGAGGGCCAGAGUACUAUAUAUGUCCUUUUCCUUUAUUUUAGACCACUUUAGAAGUGGCGAGGAAUCUUGGGGAGUAGGCUGCUGUAGUCACACAGUCCACUGACCUACUUUUUGAGAGCAGAGGUGAGAAUAGAGAAGGACAUUUUUGAGACUGUGUAAAUCUUUUUUUUUUUUUGUUCUUGCUUCUGCCAGCCAGUGUGAAUAGCUUUGAUGUCCAUCCUCACCAUCCAUUCUAACUCUUUCUUUAUAUUUUGAGAAUCUGUUUGUUUUGCUUUCAUACAUAUUCAUGAAUUUUGUGUGCAUUCUCAUGCAUAUGAGAGAGACAGAGGGGACUACAGGAAAAAAGUGUGAGAGAUGUUACGUCAGUAUUUGUGAAAGCCACAAAAUAAGUGUUUAGCGAGCAUAAUAUUCUCUCACACUCUUGACCUCUAUUUGAAUAACACUGUGAAAAUAAAUCUCUAGACACUAGAUUUUUAGAUCGGUUGCCAACGUUUCUAGAAAUGAAUAGUGGCUGGUAAGUCAUCAGAUGGCAUUUGGGUUGACAUUCUAAUAUUUUUCUGUGGAGCUGAAGGUAAUUUUGUACGCGUGUGGUGUGAGUGACCAGGUUGUACAGAAAAUGCCUAUUAAUCACUUCAGGGUAUAUAAACACUCAUCUCAACUGGUUAAAGUUGGUGACAUCUGAAGGUGUUAAGCUUCUGCUCAGCACAAUAGUAUAUAUUUAUUUCUGUUACUGUCAAAUGUCUAAUAAAUGUGAAGUCCCUGUUUUAUGUAAAUAAAAUAUGCUUUUUGAUCCAGCUUUGGAUCUCGCUUUCUUAUAAGACACACAGGGGAAACUUCCACAGUAAUCAUAUAUUCUGGAAUUGUUUUUUUACAAACAGCAACCUCUUUGCAUUAUUUUGCUGCAACUGGAGAGACAGUAAUGAUGAAAGGAGCUGGGAUAAGAUUUAUUUGCAUCUCAAAUACUGGGACCCAGCGCUAAAUACCAAGGCAAAUGUUUAAUUGACAAUUUAACAUGUACUGGUGUGUAAACUGUCAUUCUAUUUGUGGAACAAAGGAUUUUCCGCACCUACCCAAGGAAUAGCACUCGAGCUCUGGCUCCUAUGCUACAAUAAAACCAGGCUUGUCAUGUAUCUGUCAGAUAAAUGUGUCAUAAGGAGCGCAGACACCUUUAUAUGCUGACAACCACUGUGACACUGGGGGGAUGUUUAGGUAAUAGAGCAUCCAAAGCAAUCCUACAAGCAGCACAUUAACAAAUAAAAAUGAGAUUCUGUAUUACAGGGCCCAGGGUUUGCCAAAUGUGAAGGCUUCUUAAUGGAUUCAAACCUCCUGUGCAGUGAGUAGUUUCAGGGCAAAGGGGUACUGACCCUGGUUAUAGUAGUGGACAUUAGCCCCUGCUAGGCUUUUGCAGAUGGUGGACAGACACAGAGGUACUGUUCAUCAACCAGAGUUCCUCAAUCCAAGGCCAGGUAAAAAAAGAUCAUGGGGUGCACAGGGCACUUUAAGAGAAAUCAGGAUCUCUCGCUGGGGUCACUCUGUCUAUGUUUUUGUUCUAAGAGGAAAAAUUCUUUGAUUAUUAUUAGGCUAAAAGAGGAACAUGAAAGUUGCUUGGGAAGGAUAAUGAUGGUUUAUUUUGCCACAAGACAGAAUUCAAACUCUGGAUAUCUGGCAACUCAAUACUAUCAAUUAAACGAAUCACAUGAUCCACAGUAACAGGCUGAGUACUGCAUUUCUUCCAAUACCACAAGCAUGUGCUGAACAAA